CAGUUCAAGCUAGACUAUGUUUUGAAUCAUAAAGACUACUCCCUAAGUGAGCUUAUGGGCGCACUACAGGCAACUGAGGCUAUUAUAAAGCCCACCCCAUCUUUGCAAAACAAGGAGAAGAUUUCUUCUAAGUCUGUGCCUAACAAGCAGAAGCAGAACUGGAAGAAGAAAUCCAAGUCUCCGAAGGCUAAACAGGGACCUACUGGUGGUGUCGGGAAGGUGAAGGGCAAGGCCAAACCUAGCAAGGCAGGAAAAGGAAAGUGUUUCCAAUGUGGGGAAACUGGCCAUUGGAAACGGAACUGUCCCAAGGUUCUUGCCAAGAAACAGACAGGGGUUUCAGGUGAGCAGACAGCUUGAGGAUGGUGAGAUCAGUCUUAGUCUGGGGUCGGAGGCCAAAGUAUCAGCAGUUGCAGUGGGAGUCGUUAGACUAGCUUUCCAGAACAAUAAUGUUUUAAUUUUGAAUAAUGCCUUAUAUGUGCCAAAUAUAAGGCGGAACUUGAUUUCUGUUCCUAGUUUAGCAUU